AUGAGUCUUCGGCCGCCAGGAAUCAUCGCUCGCCUCGGGGCCGCCGAUACUGUCUGCUGGCGGUGCAGCUUGCGACGAUCGCGAUCGAGCGCACCAAACCACGCAGCCGCUCCCGGUAGGAGCUUCACCCGGAGCUUCUCCCGGAGCUUUGCAGCUCAUAAUGCGAUAGCGGCAGGGUCGGGUCGCAUCAAGCCCGGGUAUUUCUUCGCCAACAACUUCGUGCCACGCCCGCAGGAUGGCCGCAUGGGGAGGUUGUCGGUUUCUACCACAGCGAGUGGGACCCAGAGCGAAACGUCGGCUUCCUCAGCAAUCUCCCACAUCAAUCAAGAUCUUCCCCACCGAAGACGUCAAGCAGAAAAGCGCAAGGCAGCAGCAGCAGCCGCCGCCGCCGCCGCUACGGACAGCCCUCUGCCGGUCGAAGAUGCUUCAUCAGCAUUAACCACGUCUGCCGCACAGCAGUCUGCGAGCUCAUUCCGACGACAACUCUCGCUAUAUCUUUCACUAUCGAAGCCGCGACUGUCGUUGCUGGUUGUUCUGACAGCCAUGUCCUCGUAUGCGCUGUAUCCCGUCCCUGACUUCCUCGCCCCGUCGGUGGGCCUCGAUACGCCAUCUCUGUCACCUCUCACACUUGCGUUCCUGACCACGGGCACUGCGCUCUGCUCUGCCUCGGCGAACAGCUUGAACAUGACGUACGAAACCGACACAGAUGCCAAGAUGUCGAGAACCCGAAACCGACCUCUCGUCCGUGGGCUUCUUACCCGUCGCAAAGCCGUGGUUUUCGCUAUUGUUACAGCUUCCGCAGGCAUCGGGGCCCUCUACUUCGGCGUGAAUCCGACCGUUGCGUUUCUGGGAGCCACAAACAUUGUCAUAUACGCUGGGAUGUACACGCCCAUGAAGCGGCUACACUGGUUCAAUACCUGGGUCGGUGCUGUGGUGGGAGGGAUCCCGCCCCUCAUGGGCUGGGCCGCAGCUGCAGGCGAAUCUGCCACCGGCACUGGGUCAUUCCAGGAGCUCCUCCUCACCACAGAUGCCAUCGGUGGCUGGUUGUUAGCUAGCCUGCUCUUCGCGUGGGAAUUCCCCCACUUCAUGGCUCUCUCCUGGUCCAUUCGGGAGGAGUACAAAGCAGCUGGUCACAAAAUGCUAUCUUGGAUCAAUCCGGCACGGAAUGCUCGCGUGGCGCUGAGAUACAGCCUCGCCUUCUUCCCCAUAUGCAUUGGUCUAUGUGCAGUUGGCGUCACGGAAUGGAGCUACGCUGUGACCAGCUUGCCAGCCAAUCUGUGGCUCACUCGCCAGGCGGUGCGGUUCUGGCGGUGUCAGGGCAACAAGGGCAGUGCGAGAGGCCUGUUUUGGGCGAGUGUGUGGCACUUGCCUGUUGUGAUGGUGUUGGCGUUGGCUCAAAAGAAGGGCAUGUGGGGACGUGUCUGGAGCGCCGCCUUUGGCGAGCCGGCAUAUAACGAUGAGGACGAUUGGGAAGAUGAUGAGAGCAUCGGUGUAUUACCAGUAUCGUCUUCUGCAGAAGCUAUCAGGUGA